GCGCGGGCCGCCUCCUGGUAGCUCAGCCCUCUGGGUAAGAAAGUCCAUACCUUGCAGUCGUGCGGGCGUUAAGUCUCCGAAAGACUACAUAGCCCGGCAUGCAACAGAGUCAACUUUCGCGUGGACACUACAUUUCCCAGACGGCGCCCCACACCGCAGUGUUUUCUGGGAUGGGAACCACGCCGCCUGCGAGCCUCGGUGCUACGAGCGAAGCGCGGACCUUUCAACAAGAGCUUUAUUAAUUUUCACGCUGCGACCUAGGAAGGCUAUGGAGGUGGCUGCUAAUUGCUCUCUGCGCGUGAAGAGACCUCUGUUGGAUCCCCGCUUCGAGGGUUACAAGCUCUCCCUCGAGCCGCUGCCCUGUUACCAGCUGGAGCUUGACGCAGCUGUGGCAGAAGUAAAACUUCGAGAUGAUCAAUAUACACUGGAACACAUGCAUGCUUUUGGAAUGUAUAAUUACCUACACAGUGAUUCAUGGUAUCAAGACAGCGUCUACUACAUUGAUAACCUUGGAAGAGUUAUGAAUUUAACAGUGAUGCUGGAUACUGCUUUAGGAAAACCACGAGAGGUGUUUCGACUUCCCACAGAUUUGACAACAUACGACAAUCGCCUUUGUGCAUCUAUCCAUUUCACAUCUUCUACCUGGGUUACCUUGUCAGAUGGAACUGGACGAUUGUAUCUCAUUGGUACAGGUGAACGUGGAAAUAGUGCUUCUGAGAAAUGGGAGAUUAUGUUUAAUGAAGAGCUUGGGAAUCCUUUUAUCAUAAUUCACAGUAUCUCAUUGAUGAACGCUGAAGAACAUUCAAUAACUACCUUACUUCUUCGAAUAGAGAAAGAAGAAUUGGAUAUGAAAGGAAGUGGAUUCUACGUUUCUUUGGAGUGGGUCACUAUCAGUAAGAAAAAUAAAGACAAAAAAUAUGAAAUCAUUAAGCGUGAUACUCUCCGUGGAAAGUCGGUGCCGCAUUAUGCCGCUAUUGAGCCUGAUGGGAAAGGUCUGAUGAUUGUCUCCUACAAGUCCUUCACAUUUGUACAUGUUGGUCAAGAUCUUGAAGAAAAUAAGAAUGAGAACUUGUCUGAGAAAAUCAAAGAACCUCUGUAUUACUGGCAACAGACUGAAGAUGAUUUGACAGUAACAAUACAACUUCCAGAAGGCAGUUCUAAGGAGGACAUUCAAGUACAGUUUUUGCCUGAUCACAUCAACAUUGUGCUGAAGGGUCAGAGGUUUUUGGAAGGAAAUCUCUAUUCAUCUAUUGAUCAAGACAGCAGUACAUGGAUGAUUAAAGAUAAUAGCUUGGAGAUUUUCUUGAUUAAAAAGAAUGAAGGACUAACAUGGCCAGAGCUAGUGGUUGGUGAUAAACAAGGAGAGUUUAUAAGAGACUCAGCCCAGUGUGCUGCUAUAGCUGAACGUUUGAUGCAUUUGACCUCUGAAGAACUGAAUCCAAAUCCAGAUAAAGAAAAACCUCCUUGUAAUGCUCAAGAGUUAGAAGAAUGUGAUAUUUUCUUUGAAGAGAGCUCCAGUUUAUGCAGAUUCGAUGGCAUUACAUUAAAAACUACUCAUGUGGUGAAUCUUGGAAGCAACCAGUACCUUUUCUCUGUCAUAGUGGAUCCUAAAGAAAUGCCCUGCUUCUGUUUACGCCAUGAUGUUGAUGCCCUGCUCUGGCAACCACACUCCAGCAAACAAGAUGAUAUGUGGGAGCACAUUGCAACUUUCAAUGCUUUAGGCUAUGUCCAAGCAUCAAAGAGAGACAAAAAAUUUUUUGCUUGUGCUCCAAACUACUCGUAUGCAGCCCUGUGUGAGUGCCUCCGUCGAGUGUUCAUCUACCGCCAGCCCACUCCCAUGUCCACUGUACUUUACAACAGAAAGGAAGGCCGGCAAGUAGGGCAGGUUGCUAAGCAGCAAGUAGCAAGCCUAGAAACCAAUGAUCCUAUUUUAGGCUUUCAAGCAACAAAUGAGAGAUUAUUUGUUCUCACUACCAAAAACCUGUUUUUAAUAAAAGUAAAUACAGAGAAUUGAUCACCCCAACAUGUUGGCUUUUCUGUACUGAGAAAAGUAUUCAGUGGUAGCCAGAAAGCUUAGUAGUUAUACUAUAACCUGUUAAGUUUUACUAUGUUAAAUAAAUUAUCUUAUAUGAAUUUUUUAUUUUUUAAAGGAAAUUGGAAGUAUAUUCAAGAGAUUAUGAUUCUAUAAAAGCUAUGGAAUGAAGCUGCAAAUUUAGAGAAAAUUUACUUCUGUAAAAAAUGUAAAGUAUUAGUAGAAUGAUUUUUUUAAAAAAAAGUCUGGAAUUUCAUCUUUUAUAUGAAAGAUGUACAAUUCAGUGUUUAAAAAUAAAAAUAUCACAUACUCUUUGUUCAUUGAUAGUUUCUUCCUUCUGUACCUAUAGAACUUUUGGAUUACAGUUAAACUGUUGGUUCUUGUAAAUACUCAUUUAAGUGGACUGAAUAGCUGAGGUAGAGGGGGGAAAUUAGAACAGAAGUACAGCAGGUCCAUUAUUGUUAAAGUUUGCUGAAAUACUAAGAUUUGGGGUUUUUUUCCAAAAAUUUUUUCCAUUUAUUUAAUUUUUAUUCAUUUGCUCUUCCAACAGGCAUAGACAAAGAGAGAUGAUAAAGUUCCAUAAAGUGUAGCUCUUAUCCAUUGUUAUACAACAAACCACCUCAAAACUCAUUAAAACAAGACUAUUUGAAAAUCUA